AUGUCUCUCAGGGCAAUACCGCGGCGUCUGGCAGGACCCGCCAUCCAUGGCCGCGCACAGGCAACCGCCCUGUCGUCCUCGCCGAAGAAAGAUCAGCAACAGGUGGCACCGCUGCUUCAGUUCCCUCAGUUCCACCCCACCCCUUUUCCACAAGACAAGUUUCUCUCCAUCAAGUCCCGCUCCCUCGAAACGUACACAAAGGUGCGCGGCGACGUGCUGCAGCGGUGUGCCGAUCUAUGUGCGCAGCUGCAGCGUCGGCACAAACAGUCAGGGCAGAGCGGAAGGGGAACGGCCGCUUUAGCACGGCCUGUUGGAGAGGAGACGUCCUCCUCACCUGCCGCCGGCGUAUCGCCGGAGCUGCCCGCCCACCCGUUGACACCCCACCAAGCAGAGGAGCUUCUUCUCUUGACAAAGAAAGUGGAGGACCUCGUUCACUACCAGGGUUUUGUCCUCACAGACGAGCUUGUCUGGCGCAUGUUGCAUCUCUGCAUACAAUGUGGUGCGCCCCAGCUAGCAGUGGACGGGUGGCUGCAGAAGCACGUGAUCGCUGAGAAGCGUGGCCCGCCCUUCCCGCUCUUUAUCCUCGAGGACUUGGCGGCCACGCUACGCGCCUCCCUACUGCCGCGGCUUCCCGAGAGCGGGGCAAGCCUGGCCUGCAGUAGUGCUGUAAUAGCAACGAGUGCUGGCAGCACAGACGCGAAUCUGAGUAUCGCCUUUGAGGAUGGCCUUGCGGCGGCGCAGCGAUUCCUUCGGCGCCAUCUCCCCCACUCCGGCUGGCCGAUAUCUGACGCGGUAACGACUGAGUUCCUUGGCGCGGCCCAAACGUACACGACGCACUUGUUAGCGGAGCACGUGUGGCCUGUGUGGCAGGCAUUGGAGGCGAUGAACUUGACGUUCGCCGAUCUACGGGCCAAGAAUAUCGAGGACGAGGAGGAACAAGAUGCGACGAACGAUGAGGGAGGGAGCGGGAGGAUACCAGACCGAGGUUCAAGUCGCAUGAGCAGAGGAGAGCACGGCAGGUAUCCCACCUGGCUGCCUGACGCGGCGGCACAGACCGUAGCCGUGCGCGCCGCCCUCAUGUCGGUGACGCCGCUCUACUCGUUCCACGCACCCCCGUCCUCAGCACCGCCUCCCAGCGUUGCCGAGGGCCGGAGAGACUCAUCAAAGUCUGCCAAUACAGCGAGCACACGCGCACACGCGCUGCUCUGCAGUGAUCCGCCAUUCUUCCCGAGCGAGACGGCCGCCAUCGUGGCGCCACUGCGAGCGCUCUUGGAUACGUGGCUGGUGCUGGCCCAGUGCGCGGCCGAGACAAAGGAUGUGUCGCUGCUGAAGGCACUGCUGCGCACCGUGUGUCUCGGCUUUUUCACGCAUCCGGCGACGACCACCGGUGACGAGCACGAUGCAGCGGAACCGGAGGACGGAGUGCAACUGCCCCCGGUGUGCGUGAAUGAAGCUGCAUGGUGCCAGUACGUGACCCCGGGCUCGGAGCAGACCAAAGACGCGGUGCACCAGCGCGCUGCUGAGCAGCAGGCUCGCGCAAUGGUGCGCGAGUUUAUCAACGGCAGCCUUUCUGUACUUCAGUACGGACUGCUGUGUGCAGAGCAGGAGGCAGCUCUCUGGCAACUACAUGACACGUUCGCGUUGAUUUCGGCUGUCGCCGCUUCGCUGCGCAAUCUUCAUGGUCCACAGAAGAAGCGAGGCAGUCGCUCAGUCAUCACCAAUGAUGCUAGGCUGCACCGUAUGUCUGCUGUGGCGCUUGCUCAGCCCGCAUCAGCUGAGGAGGCAGAUGGCCUGCUGCGUUUGGCACUGCCAUGUGCGCUCGUGUCAUCUUUUGCGCGAGGACAGCAAGCCGCAGGUGACGGGGAGCACGCGAGUGCUACGGCGGCGAUGCACACCUUUGUCUGCGAUGCUCUCGCACACCCUGCGGAGAUGACGGCGCACCCAUACGCCGAAGCAGGGUUGUAUGUCGCUCUCGCUACUGGUGACGAGGCGCUGCUGGCCCAAGCUGCCACCGUCGGUAUGGCAAUGAACAACUCGGGGGCGACGCUGCUUCUGCCCCACGCACGCGCGCUGCAUGCGUACCGGCGAGCUGCCACGAGGCUCGUCACCGCGCAUGAGGGGCACAAAGAGGAAGCACCCGAAGAUGACGCUUGGGAUGCGUGGACGGCAACGCUGCGGCAAUCGGUUUCGCAGGCCACCAGUGGAAGUGGUGACGCAGACAUAACGCAGGCGCAGCUUGUCGAAACCUGUUUGACGAUUCUCACCCUGGGCGUCGCGCGACGCCAGGCACAGCGAGCAGCUGCCUAUGUGCAGUGCGUUCAGCAGCUCACAACGAUAUCGGCUGCGGAGGAGGGCGACGACACACAGGAUGAUAGCCAUAACUCCUACGACAAGGCAGAGGCAGAGAAGCAGCGUCGGGAGGCAAUUGAGGUGGGUUGGGCGCAACUCUACGAUGGUGCGGCUGCUUGUGCGCAGGACAUGCUGACGGCAGUGGAGCAGCUGUUGGAUGCCUCGAACUCAGCCGAUGCCACGGCUUCGUGUCUGUCUCCAUUAUCGCUGAGCACCCUCGCUGUACUGACUCGCGUGGGAGUCUACGCGGAGGAAGAGGCGCAGGCACGGAGAGCGUCGGCAUCGACCACGAGCGAGGAUUUUUCAAAGCCUGCUGGCGCCGCUCCGCCUCCUCUGCCUCUUAGCAUCUCUCUCGACCGUGUCUUGACGCGGGUGGUGAGAGACACAUGCAUUCGUCUGCGCUGCGCCUCGGCUGCAUCACCGACUGGUGUAGCACCGGCGGCCACGUCUAGCGCUGUUGGAAACUGGGUACAGUGGGUGCUGCUAACGCUGAUGGCCCGGAGAGCAUGGACCGAUGUGCUUGCGGUGCUGCGUGCGCUGGAUGGCGAGGCGAGUGGGGAAAGUGCUGCGAAUGUGGCUGGAACUUCGAGCACGCUGCUCUGCAGUACCACGGUCGAUCCUUCCGUCUUCGCCGCGUUGUAUGCACGCGCCGUGGAGGAUGGCGCUGCGAGAGUGUGCGCCUUUCUGCGCCCCCGGCGUGAGCGGCUGUUCUUCUGA